AGAGAGAGAGAGAGAGAGAGAGUUGCUCCUCUUUUCAAACGGUCGGAGAGAAAGGACACUCCCUCUCUUUUUGAAACGGUCGAACAUCCCUUCUUGGUCAUUUAGUUUGUGAAAAAAUUAGGGUUUUUCAGGGUUUCUUUUCUCUCAGUUUGUUAACUCUUACAGUUGCCUUCGAGCCAUUUGCUCAAUUCCUAGGUUUUGAAGGGGUUUGUUUGUGGUACAGAACACUAUCUUCUGCAAAUUCUAGGCCUAUGUUGGAGUCCUUUUUGGGAAACUCUCUUUCUCUUCAUUUCCUUGGUUUUGGAAGUGUUGCUGUAUACCAGAUGACGUACUGGUUUUGGAGGUUUGCAAGGUUUUGAGCAUUCUCUGAACUUCUAGGGUUUUUAAAGGGGUUUCCACAUUCUCUGAAAUCUCUGGUUUGUACGGGAAUUUUGCAUUCUUUUGAGUUUUAGGGCUUACGGGGCUUUCGUGCAAUGAUGGAGCUUUCUCCUGAAAUAGAUAAUUACAUUAAAGAGACAAUUGCCUACUCCUUAGGUCUCCCUGUAUCCUCUGAAACCCUAGCUAUCAAGCUUCAAGGAUCUGAAACUGCAAGGAAAAGGCUUCAAUCCGUGGUCUUCUCCUUGCAAGAUCUUCUCAGGGAGAAAGAUGAUAAGAUCGAGCAUGCUAAGGCUGAGGCUACUAUGAAUGCUCAAGCUGUGAGGAGGCAAAUCGAGGAGAAUCAGAAAUUGGUUGCAGAUUGUAUGGAACUCUCAAACCAGUGUGCAAGGUUAGAGAAUGAGUGUGCACUUUAUUAUCGGGACCGAGAGCAAUUGGUGGAUUAUAGUGAUGAGAGGAUCAAAGAGGCCGAGAGUCGCGCCCAAGGCGCAGAAGAUCAAGCAAGGAAACUCUCUGAUCAGAUCAAUCAAUUAAGGAAACUCACUGAUGAUAAAAACAGGAUGAGUUCAGAAUUGGAGUUUCUGAGGAGAAGGGUCCAUGAACUCGAAGGCCAAAAUAGAGGGCAGGGUCAGUUGGAACGACGAGGAGAGAAUCUUGGCUGUAGUCGAUUCCCUCGAUUGGAGGUGGAGAAUGAAGAAUUAAAAUCACACAUACAAGCAACAAGCUCAGACAAUUCCUUCGAAGGCCUUCUUAGUUUGGAGGACCAAAUUCUUCAUUCUGUGAUACUGUCUGUGAUUGCUAAAGAUAAGGAGGGUGCAGGAUCAGUAGUAGAAGAAUCUGCAACAAAAGCACACACAUUUUUGGAGGAAUAUAUGGGAGAAGAUCAGCACUGGGAGCUGUUCCAACAGUGGGAGAGGCUGAAGCCUUCCACAAGGCAUGUUUUAGCUUUGGUUGCUGAGGUGGAGUCACUAAGGCGUGACAAAGAUCAUCUGAGGACGAACCUUCACAAAGCUGAAGAAGAGGUAUCUAAAUUUUAUGAGGAAAACAAGCUUUUGGAUGAGGAGAACAAGAAGCUUCUGAGACACAGCAACAGGGAGCGGCGUCAUGCAUCACAUGAUGGCAGCCAUCUAUCCCCACAUUCAGCCAAAGUGAGAAGAAGGCAUCUUUUCCUUCUCAAGCAAGAGAUCACCAAGCCCCAAGGUGAGCCAAUCGCCCGAGAAGCCAAGCGAUCCAAACAGUCUUGAUACGCUGAGGCAGCCUCUCUCACCUUUGCAAUACAACCCACCAGCUUCCAAAACACCAAUUCGCUAGUAAAUCUUAACUUUACUUAAUA